AAUUCCCUAUUUUAAAUAGAUUACAUGAUGUUAUAUCAAAUAGCAUUAACCAAUGUCAUUACAAUGUUUAAAGUUCUUAUUAAAUAAUUGUGUCCUAAACUAAUUCUAAACCCGGUACUGUAUUGACCUUGACAUAUUAUUCCUUAACACAAUGGCGCUGCCCACCGUCUACAUUUGUUUAUAUGCAAAAUGAGCUCGUAUACCCUUAGCAUAGAGUUAAAAUUUAUUUGUACAGAAACGUUUGACAGCUAGUAUAGUGCACCUAACAAGUUGUCAUAAUGGGAAAACGCGCCAACAUGUAUGUUUUCAAAUUAAAAGAAUUUAUCGAAACGAGCUAUUAUCUGUUGUGGUUACUAAAGUAAAGGAAUGAUUUAGCCUAUUCUUCUAAUUAUUCUGUUAUACCUUAUUAGUUUCACCAGCUAUUUUUACAGAAAUUCUAAACUUGCUUCGCGCCGAUUCUUGUUUGUUGACAUUCGUACGUCAUGCAGUCGUCUUUGGGAGCGCGGUACGGCGUCGUAUCUCGCGGUGGAAACGUUGAAUAAAACACAUUUACACAAAAUAAACACACGGAUUACACGGUGUGAGCGUUGUUGUGAGGUGUUGACACUAUUGGACGUAAUUAUAAACAACAGUGGCAGUGAACGAACAAAAAGAGCGGGCAAAAUCAGUGCAAGUGACGAUAAUACUAUUCUAUUUAUAGAUAGGUACCUAUGGCGCGAUAAUAAUUUUCGUUCAACAAUAGCGAUGCACGAGUUUCGUAGUUUCUAAUUGUAGACUUAUAGAAAUACAGUACAAUUGGGUUACUAUCUGUCAUUAUAGAGUCGAGUAAUUCUACGGAAAAACAGCCGCUUAAACUCGUUUGACAGCUAACAACACACACAGACAAAGAUUGCUUUGCGCAUGUUUGCGUGAACGAGCAGUGAUGUAGAAUUCGCUUAUCGAUCAGUUAGAUAAUUUCAAGGACAUCUAAACAUCUUAUGAAUGCUAUAAAACAAUAUUUUCAGCAUUUUAUAAACAUUAAACAUGGAAUCACCUAUUAAGGAAAAUCCAGAAAUACCUAGAAGCGAUUCGACGAGUUCGAAUCAACUUUUUAUAUCGGAACAGUUAGACUUGCCCGACGACACAUUUCGUAUGAGCUUAGAUUAUAUAACUGAUAUCGGUGAAAAUGUAACAAUUGGGGACAGGGACGUAUCAAUUGAUAGCGUAAAACCUGACUCAAACAUUAAUACACCUUCACCGCCCGUCAUACCGUUUAAAAAGCAAUCACCCACACUAGAAACAGAUUCACAAUGCUCAAACCAAUCUCCAGCAAUUGCGGAGACCCCAAAGCGUAAAGAUGACAUACAAGAAAGUCCGAAGCAAGCCAAUGUACUCAAACUUUCGCUGGCUACGAAAGAAAACGAUGGCUUUGUGAAACCAUCACCUUUGGAUGUGAUGUCGCCGGCAAAAAUGCUACAAUUUGAGGUAGAUUUAACAAACAGCGCUACACCAACAAUGAAACGCGCGGCGAUUGAUUUCAAUUUCUUUAAUAAGAAUACUUUCGAGGAAUAUUUUAAAGACGAGAGUAAUGAAAAGGAAACGGGCGUAGCGUUCAAAGAGACACCGGUUAUAGUGAAGGCUAACACCGUUCGACACGAAAUAGGCUAUGUUAAUCUAAAUGGUGCUUCAAAAGUGGACAUAUCACACUUUGACCUGCUCAAAGUUCUCGGCACUGGAGCGUACGGCAAAGUGUUUCUUGUUAAAAAGCGAUGCGGCGUUGACGAGGGCAAACUAUACGCGAUGAAACUGCUGAAGAAGGCGUCCAUCGUGCAGAAGCUGAAGACGGCCGAGCACACCAGGACGGAGAGACAGGUGUUAGAGGCGGUCCGAGCGUGUCCCUUUCUCGUUACGUUGCACUACGCGUUCCAAACGGACACUAAAUUACACCUCAUAUUGGAUUACGUAGCUGGCGGGGAGCUGUUCACGCAUCUGUAUCAGAGGGAACACUUCAACGAGGAUGAAGUUAGAAUAUAUAUAGCUGAAAUUAUACUUGCUCUCGAGCAGUUACAUAAGCUCGGCAUAAUAUACCGCGACAUAAAACUCGAGAACAUCCUGCUGGACGCCGAGGGGCACAUCGUGCUGACGGACUUCGGCCUCUCGAAGGAGUUCUGCGGCGGCGAGAGCCGCGCGUACAGCUUCUGCGGCACCAUCGAGUACAUGGCGCCGGAGGUGGUCCGCUGCGGCAGUCAGGGGCACGAUAUCGCGGUCGACUGGUGGUCGGUGGGCGUGCUGACGUACGAGCUGCUCACGGGCGCAUCGCCGUUCACGGUGGAAGGGGAGAAGAACACGCAGCAGGAGAUCACCAAGCGGAUAGUGAGGUGCAGCUACCCGGUGCCGAAUGACGUCAGUCCGGAGGUGCAGGACUUUAUUAAGAAAUUAUUAGUGAAAGACCCGCGGAGACGUUUAGGCGGUGGCGAAGAAGAUGCGGAGGAACUUAAAAGACAUCCUUUCUUUAAGAAGCUGGACUGGGAGGCGGUGGCGCGGCGCGAGGUGGCCGCGCCGUUCGUGCCGGCGCUGGCGCACGCGGCCGACACGAGCAACUUCGCGGGCGAGUUCACGCGCAUGCGCCCCACCUACUCGCCCGCGCAGGCGCCCAAACACCACGACAAGCUGUUUUUGGGCUAUUCGUACGUAGCGCCGAGCAUACUGUUCUCGGAGAACGUGAUCUCCGAUCAGAUAUGGAUGCAGGCGACGGGACAGAAACAUGACAAGCUCAAGGGAUGGGUAGCUAAGGAUUCACCGUUCUUCCAAAAGUACGCAGUGGACCUGAGCACGCCGCUGCUCGGCGACGGCUCGUACGCGGUCUGCAGGAAGUGCAUACACAGACAGACGGGGAGGGAGUACGCUGUUAAGAUAAUAUCAACGCAAAAGAAGGACGUAAAACAAGAAAUCGAGUUGCUCAAAGCAUGUCAAGGGUCGCCAUACAUUAUCACACUGCACGAAGUCUUCCAGGACUCUGCGUUCACGUACAUAGUGACGGAGCUGGCGAGCGGCGGCGAGCUGGCGGCGCAGCUGGGCGCGGUGGGCGAGCGCGCGGCGCGGCGCCUGCUGGCGCAGCUCGCGCUCGCCGUGGCGCACAUGCACGCGCGCCGCGUCGUGCACCGGGACAUCAAGCCGGAGAACAUCCUUCUGACGACGUCCCGCCUCAACGAAGCGAAAGUCAAAGUGGUAGACUUCGGGUUCGCGCGCCGCCUGCCCGAGAGCGAGGAGCGGCAGCGGAUGAUGACGCCGUGCUUUAGUUUACCGUACGCCGCGCCCGAGGUGGUGUCGUGCGUGCGCGGCGCCGGCGCCGGCUACGGGCCCGAGUGCGACAUGUGGAGCUUGGGGGUCAUAUUCUACUGCAUGCUGUGCGGGAAGGCCCCGUUCGCGCCGAGCUCGCGCAAGGAGCCCGUCACCUCGCUCAUGGAUCGGAUUCGAAGCGGCACCUUUUCUAUGGACGGUGCGGGCUGGGCGACGGUGUCGGCGGACAGCAAGCGCAUCGUGCGCGCGCUGCUGUGCGUGCGCGCGCACGAGCGAAUGGGCGCGCGCGCGCUGCUGCACGCGCUGGGCGCCGCGCCGCCGCCCGCCGCCGCCGACCCCGCCGACCCCGCCGACCCCGCCGACCCCUCCGACCCCGCGCCCUUCCGCCUCGCGGACAUGACCAAAGCUGAUCUGUACAAGCGCAGAAAUAAGAACAAGCAGAGAAAGUCGAGCACCUCAGAAUCGACCGAGACCACCACGGAAUUAGAGGAGACGAGAGAGAACAGCCUCUUGGAAACCAUAAACAACCUCAAGAAUAGAAUGAACAAGAACUCCAUAGAGAACGAUGUGGAACUCAUCAAAGCCAACACGCAAGACACUCCGGUCAACGAAAGCGCCGAACCCACCUUCGAUGACUCCAGCGACGAAGUGCCCUCUGUCAAACCGGUGGAGAAGACCUACUCCAAACCCAAGUCUAAACUGGACGACUACAUUUACAUCGAGAGCAGUCAGGGUCUGGAGGAUACGGAAGUGGCGUUCCCGAAGACGACGCGCAGAAAAGUGUCCCAAUCCCCGGUUCCGAGGAAAAGGAGAAAAAUCGAGGGCAAAAAAGAGGGAAUGGAGUUGCGUAGCCGCGUCGAAACACCAGAGAAGCGCGGCAGAGGGAGACCCAGGAAAGUUCCGGAAGGUGCACAGAAGGAGUCAAUAGAGAAUGAUAAGAGAGUCACGAGGAAGCGCAGACACGAGGAGAUGACGAAACCAGUGCUGCGCGAGAAGGGACAGAACGGCAGACAGAGCAAGAGCAACGAAAGCGUCAGGAAAGUGGUGAAGGCGAAACGUAACCUGCCAGAAAAGGUUGACGACAACGUCAGGAUGACCAGGUCGAGACGUAGGCGUCUGGAGAUCAGCCUCUCGCCAUCGGAAGUCAAAAACGUCGUCCCGACCCUAUCCAUUGAGUCUGAUCGUCGAGUCAAUUCCAUUGAAAGCAGUAAGUCCGCGCGGAACAAGCGAGCCAACAGGAAUAACGGAAAGGCUAAAGCGGCCGCUAGCGCCAAGUCUAAAGUCAAAACGGUGGCCAAGAACAACAAGAAGAACGCGAAAAACGUCAAAGCGAAAGUCAACGCGCCGCCCGUGCGCACGCGCACCCGCGCGAACCGUAGGUGAAAAAAAUUCGUUCCUACCCGCACUAAAGAAAAAUCGUCGUUCGAACCCUAUAGACUGUUAACGAUUCGUAGUUAAUUCCAGCGUUCUAAAAAAAUUCCAAAAAAAAUCGACAAAAAAUUUGAAAAAAAAUAUAGUGACGCAAUACGGACGCUUGCUCAUCGUUUAGUUUAAAGUUAUUUAUUUAAAAAAAAAACAAUUUUUUAAGUUAUUCUAACGCCUAGUUGGAGUGUGCGAUGGACAAGUGUUUUUUUUUUUAAUUUUUAUUUAAUGUUACUAUUAAUUUAAGGCCUCCCGUUUUCCCAAAAUUACCAUUAGAUUUAAUUCUUUGAUUGUUAAUAUGUAUUCUGAAUAGACAAUUAUUAUUAAUAAUUAAUUAUUGUAAUUAGGUAAGAUCGAUGUGUGUUUGCGCACUUAAUAGUUAAAUUGGUUAUUUUUUAUUUACGUCCCUCUGUCGAUGGUAAAAUAAACAGUAAUGGAUUACACCCAAUGUGCCUUCGCGUUUGUUUUAACAAAUUUUAUCAUAUAUAAUCACUUUCUUUUCUUUAUAAAAUAAAAUGUAACUUGAUACCUGCGACAGCUGUCCGAAAUAACACAGUAAUACAGAUUAAAAACACGUGACAUUUUAUAUAAAUUUAAUUUAUUGAUACUAAAUAAUCAAGUAUUACUCCGAAUGUUAUGAAAUAAUACCGUUAGAAUGGAAUGAGUAGUUUUAUCUAGAAAGUAAAAAAACUUCUAAAGGGAUAAAAAAAAUAAGUAGAAAAUAUGCUAUCGCAAGAAUCAAGUCUUCGUAUGCUACACUUUGUCUGUCUUUUCGUUCAACCUUAUAACAAUCGAUUACUGAAUAUUUUACCACAUCAUUGAUAAUAAAUAGAAGAAAAAUAUUAGAAUUGUUAUGCUCUGUAGUACACUAUGACAUAUUGUAUCUGUAUUAACUCGUUCUAAACAAAAAAAGUUUAAAAUUCGAUUUUUAAAUUUCUUUCGAGCAUAAUAAUUUAUUUUACAUUCAAAAUUUAUUUGACAAACAGUUGAACAGAUCUCGAUAUAAUGUUGUAUAUGUAUAUUCGUUUGAGAUAUUUAGUAUAAUAGAUAUAAAUUUGUAAAAAUGACUUUUCGUGUUUCUUUGAUUUUAUUCCCUUGUAAAAUUGCACUAAUGGUUAAUGAGUUGAACAUUUCAGCAACGAUCUUCGAUUCUUUGACUUGAAAAAUUAACUAUGAUUUUGUAGGAAAUUCGUAUGUUGUUAAAUAUAUUACAUAGUGCGAUUUUCAAGGUAAUUCUAUCACAUAUUUCUCUUCCGAAAGUAUAUAUAUUUUGUGUAUGGUGGUGUAAGUGCCAAAGCGUGCUUGAAUUGUUGAAUUUUUAGCAAAUACGCGUUUUUAAAACACAGUUUUAAAUAAUUAUCACAAUGAAUUAUUCUCCACGUAUUUUCUUUUUCUUAGAUUUUUUUUUUGUUGUAAGCGCUUUUACCAAAAAACGUUUGUUUUGAUUGUAAAUACGUUAGAAUUAGUACAAAAAUCGGUGGAAGAUUAUCAUUAUUUAUGUAUGUGUUUAUAAUAAUAUGCAGAAACGCCGCUUUUCAAGUCUAGAGGCAUAUCAAUGAUUUUGCACUAAUACAUUUUGUAUCGUAGACUUGUGUUUGUCUGUUCAGAGCUUAUUUGAAAUUUGUGAUGAAAAUUAAAUAUGAUCUGUUUCAAUUUCUAAAAUUUAAAUUUGGCGGGUUCGCUGCUUGCUGUCAAAUGUCAUAUUAACUUUUUUUCGCUGAUUUUUUUUCACUUCACAGCAAGCGGCAAAGCUGAUCGGGAUUGUUGUAAAUCAUUGAGAGUUUAAAAAUAAGAUAAUUAACGAUUCGCAAUUUAUCAAAACUGAUGUAAUUUUUCACCAAUAAGUAUGUCUUUGGAGUCGAAAACUGUGUUCUUAGGCAAUAUGUUCGUUACUUUCGUGAACAACGCAGUGUUAUGUAAUAGUCGAAUAACAUCUUAAAUGUGUUUAAAACGAAAUAAAUGUAAUGUAUUUUUCAAUGUACCAAGUCGAAGAUACAUACAUUUAAAUUUUUUGGGAAAUUAAAAAUUUCCGAAUGCUUGAUAUGAAAUAAGCUAUGUCAUUUGAAGUGCACUUAAUGGAUUGAACCAAAAAAGAUUAUAUAAUUUUAUAAAGUGUUAGAAGUUAUUAUUGAAGAGUCGGCGAUUAAAUAAAUGUUUUUGUAAACACGAAUGCCGGCUGGAGAUAUUGGAUUGUAAUAAAUAUACCAUUUUAACAUUU